AUGCAUCAGACUAAAUCAAAUUAUAUCGGCUGGACCGUGGAAGAUUGGAAGCAGUUCCACGCCGUGUCCACUUCUAGUGAAUCGUUACACCUAUUAUCUGAAUUAUUAUUAUCCCAAAAUUCAGCUCCCGUUGAUCCAGCUUGGAUUUCCUUAACCACUUCUGAAAACUUGGCCCACCAGUGGAAGUUUUUACAAUCAAAAUCAAAUAAAAGUGAAUUACCAUUAUAUGGGGUACCCGUUGCUAUCAAGGAUAACAUUAACGUGAAAGGAUUAAAAACAACCGCUGCUUGUCCUUCCUUUGCCUUCUCACCCGAAGAAGAUGCCACUGUUGUCAAGCUCUUACGUGAAGCUGGGGCUAUUAUUAUUGGUAAAACCAACUUGGAUCAAUUUGCUACUGGUUUAGUUGGUACCAGAUCACCAUAUGGAAUUACUCCAAACACUUUUGAUUCAAAGUAUGUUAGUGGUGGUUCUUCAGCAGGUUCUGCUUCUGUUGUUGCAAGAGGUAUCGUUCCACUUUCCUUGGGUACUGAUACUGCUGGUUCUGGUCGUGUUCCAGCUGCUUUAAACAAUAUCAUUGGAUUAAAACCUACCAAGGGUGUAUUUUCUUGCUCGGGUGUGAUUCCAGCUUGCAAAUCAUUAGAUUGUGUAUCGGUAUUUUCUUUAAAUCUUAAGGAUGCCCAAUUAGCUUUUAGUGUCUUGGCUAGAGAAGAUGGUGACAAUGAUGAAUACUCGAGAUCAUUCCCUGAAUCUCCACUUCUUAAAUUUCCUACAACUCCAAAAGUUGCUGUUCCAACUGGUUUAUUAUGGUAUGGUGAAACAGAAAACCCUAGGUUGUUCUCCAAGGCUGUUGAUAUUUUCCAGAGCAAAGUUGGUGCUGAUUUGGUUUCAUUGAAUAUUGAUCCAUUAUUGGAUUUAGCCAAAUGUUUAUAUGAAGGUGCUUGGGUUAGUGAAAGAUUUGCUGCCACUAAAGACUUCCUCGCCACCAACCCAUCAGAUUUGGAUCCAACGGUUGAACAGAUUAUAAAAGGUGGUGAAAAGUAUUCUGCUGCAACUGCUUUUGAAUUUGAGUACAAGAGACAAGGUAUUUUACAGAAGGUAAAGAAAUUAUUGAAAGAUAUUGAUGUUAUCAUUGUACCAACUGCUCCUUUAACUCCAACCAUUAAACAAGUUACUGAUGAGCCUAUUAAAGUCAAUUCUUAUCAAGGAACUUAUACCAAUUUUGUCAACUUAGCUGACAUGUCUGCACUUGCUAUUCCUGGUGAUUUCCGAAGUGAUGGCUUACCGUUUGGAAUCACUUUAUUGUCACAUAAAUUCAACGAUUAUGCCUUGUUGGAAUUGGCUAGCAGAUAUUUGAAAUCUUAUGGUCCAAGAUUCUAUGGAUGUUUGAAGAACCAAAUAGUUUCUCCUGAAAAUGAUGAGAUCUCAGUUUCUAUACCAAAUCAUAUCUCUGAGGUGGAAGUUAAAUUGGCUGUUGUUGGUGCUCAUUUGAAAGGAUUUCAAUUGCAUUGGCAACUUGAAUCAGUGGAUGCAAGAUUCAUUGAAUCAACAACUACUUCUUCCAACUACAAACUUUAUAGUUUGCCAAAGACCGGACCUAUUGCUAAACCGGGAUUAAGAAGGGUUGCUGAAGGUGGCUCUGAAAUAAUUGUUGAAGUUUAUUCUAUCCCUAAGGACAAGUUUGGGAAAUUUAUCAGCUAUGUUCCAGAACCUCUUGGUAUUGGAUCUGUUGAAUUAAAAUCUGGGGAAUGGGUUAAAUCUUUCAUUUGUGAAGAAUACGGAUACACACUUCCAGGAACUGUUGAUAUUACUGAGCACAAAGGUUGGGCAAACUAUCACAGUUGGUUGGAUAGUCAAACUAGCAAACCAUUCAAUUCAGUAUUAGUGGCCAAUCGUGGUGAAAUUGCUGUUCGUAUAAUCAAGACCUUGAAGAAAUUGGGUAUCAAGUCAAUAGCAGUUUAUUCUGAUCCCGAUAAGUAUGCUCAGCAUUCGUUGCUUGCUGAUGUUGCCAUUCCACUUUGUGGAACAAGUACUGGCGAAACUUAUAUCAGCAUUGACAAGAUCAUUCAAGCAGCCAAAGAUUCUGGUGCUGAAGCUAUUAUUCCUGGAUAUGGGUUCUUAUCUGAAAAUGCUGAUUUCUCUGAUCGUUGUGGCCAAGAAGGAAUUGUCUUUGUUGGUCCUUCUGGUAAUGCUAUGAAGCAAUUAGGUCUUAAACAUUCGGCCAGAAAGAUUGCCUUGGAAGCUGGUGUUCCUUUAGUUCCUGGUUCUGAUGGAUUGGUUAAGGAUGCAAAUGAAGCCAAGGAAAUUGCAGCUAAAUUGGAAUAUCCUGUCAUGGUAAAGUCAACUGCUGGUGGUGGUGGUAUUGGUUUACAAAAGGUUGAUUGUGAAGAAGAUAUUGAAAGAGUAUUCCAAACUGUUCAAAACCAAGGUCAAUCUUAUUUUGGUGAUUCUGGUGUUUUCUUGGAAAGAUUUGUUGAAAAUGCCCGUCAUGUUGAAGUUCAAAUGCUUGGUGAUGGUAGGGGUAAUGCCAUUGCUAUUGGUGAUAGAGAUUGCUCCUUACAAAGAAGAAACCAAAAGAUCAUUGAAGAAACCCCUGCUCCAAACUUACCUGAAGCCACCAGAAUUAAGAUGUGGGAAGCUGCUAGAUCAUUGGCAGCAUCUAUGAACUAUAAAUGUGCUGGUACUGUUGAAUUUAUCUAUGAUGAAAUCAGAGAUGAAUUUUAUUUCUUGGAAGUGAAUGCAAGGUUACAGGUUGAACAUCCUAUUACUGAAAUGGUUACUGGUAUUGAUUUGGUUGAAUGGAUGUUGCUUAUUGCUGCUGACACGCCACCAGACUUUAACCAAACUGUUGAAAUCAAAGGUGCCUCUAUGGAAGCAAGAUUAUAUGCUGAAAAUCCUGUUAAAGACUUCAUGCCAUCUCCUGGGCAAUUAACGGAAGUCAAGUUCCCACAAUGGGCAAGAGUUGAUACUUGGGUUGAAAAAGGUACUGUUGUAUCUGCUGAAUAUGAUCCUACUUUAGCCAAGAUUAUCGUUCAUGGUAAAGACAGAAAUGAUGCUUUAAGGAAAUUGCGUCAAGCUCUUGAUGAAACUGUUGUUUUUGGAUGUAUCACCAAUGUUGAUUACUUGAGAUCUAUUGCCAAUUCCCAAUUGUUUGAAAAUGCUGAAGUCCAUACUAAAGUCUUGGAUUCAUAUGAUUAUAAACCACAAGCUAUUGAAGUUAUUAAUCCUGGUGCUUAUACUACUAUUCAAGAUUUCCCUGGUAGAAGAGGAUACUGGAAUAUUGGUGUUCCUCCAUCUGGUUGUAUGGACCAAUAUGCAUUCAGAAUUGCAAACAGGAUUGUUGGUAAUCAUCAUGCUGCUCCUGGUGUUGAAAUUACAUUGAAUGGUCCAACAUUGUUAUUCCAUCAAGAAACAGUGGUUGCUGUUACUGGUGGUCAAGCUGAGGUUCAAGUGAACAAUGUUACUGUUAACCAGUGGGAACCAAUUUCCAUCAAAUCCGGUGAUAAAUUAUCAAUUGGUAAGUUGACUACAGGUUGUCGCGCAUAUUUGUCAAUUAGAGGUGGUAUUGAAGUCACUGAAUAUUUGGGAUCCCGUUCAACAUUUGCAUUGGGUAAUUUAGGUGGAUAUAAUGGUAGAGUGUUGAAGUUUGGUGAUGUCUUAUUCUUGGGUCAACCGGAAGUUUCUAGCUGUACAUUACCUGCUCCAAUUUCGCAACCAACAACUGUUCCAAAAUCAUUGAUUCCUAAUUAUGCAAACAAGACUUGGCAAGUUGGUGUUACUUGUGGUCCUCAUGGGUCUCCGGAUUUCUUUAAGCCUGAAUCCGUGGCUGAAUUCUUUUCAUCAUCUUGGAAGGUUCAUUAUAACUCCAACAGAUUUGGUGUUAGAUUAAUUGGUCCUAAACCAAAAUGGGCUAGACCAGAUGGUGGUGAUGCUGGGUUACAUCCUUCCAAUACUCAUGAUUAUGUUUAUUCCAUGGGUGCUAUUAACUUCACUGGUGAUGAGCCUGUUAUUUUAACUUGUGAUGGUCCAUCAUUGGGUGGGUUUGUAUGUGAAGCUGUGGUUAUUGAAUCUGAAUUGUGGAAGAUUGGCCAAGUUAAACCUGGUGAAUUUAUUCAAUUUGUUCCUGUUUCUUAUGAUACUGCAAAGACCAUGAAGUCACAUCAAGAUAGUAUUAUUGAAGACUUGCAAGGUGAAUUACCAUCAUUUGAAGGUAAUGUUUUGAAAGCUCCAGAAAACCCAGUACUUUCCCAAUUGAAGAUUUCAGAUAAUGGUCCUAAGGUUACCUACCGUCAAGCUGGUGAUAGAUACAUUCUCGUUGAAUAUGGAGAUAACUCCCUUGAUUUAAAAUUGUCUUAUAGAAUUCACAAAUUGGUUGAAAUGGUGAAACAAUACAAGACUGUGGGGAUCUAUGAAAUGUCACCCGGUGUUAGAUCAGUAUUGGUUGAAUUCACCGAUGAUAUUACCCAAGCACAACUUUUAGAAACCUUGAUUGCUUAUGAACAGGAAAUCUUAUUUGUGGAUAACUAUGAAGUGAAAUCCAGAAUAAUUAGAUUGCCAAUGGCUUUUGAAGAUCAAAAGACUUUGGAUGCUGUUACAAGAUAUCAAGAAACUAUUAGAAGUGAAGCUCCAUGGUUACCUAACAAUGUUGAUUUCAUUGCUGCUAUCAAUGGUAUAACCAGAUACGAUGUUAAGGAUAUGUUAUAUUCUGCUAGAUUUUUGGUAUUGGGUUUAGGUGACGUGUUUUUAGGUGCUCCUUGCGCUGUACCAUUAGAUCCUCGUCAAAGAUUCUUGGGUACUAAAUAUAAUCCUUCAAGAACUUAUACUCCUAACGGAACUGUUGGUAUUGGUGGUAAUUAUAUGUGUAUCUAUACUAUGGAAUCCCCCGGCGGAUACCAAUUGGUUGGUAGAACUGUUCCAAUUUGGGAUAAGUUAAGCUUGGGACAGCAUUCUGGUGAUGAAAAGCCGUGGUUAUUAAAUAUAUUUGACCAAGUUGAAUUCUAUCCAGUUUCCGAAGAACAGGUUGAUGAAUUUACUGAAGAAAUGAAUGCUGGUAAGUUCAAGGUUGAUAUUAUCGACACUGUGUUUAACCACGGUGAAUACUUGGAAUGGGUUAAAGAACAUUCCCAAUCAAUUGAAGAGUUUCAAAAACAACAAGGUGGUGAAAAGUUGGAAGAGUUUAACAAAUUGAUUCAAAUCUCCAAUAGCGAGUUAGAGAAGACUGACAGUAAGAUUGAACCAGUUGAAGAAUUUGAUGAAAGUUCAGAAAUGAUUUAUUCAGAGUAUUCCGGUAGGUUCUGGAAAUCUUUGGUUGAAGUUGGUGUUGAGGUUGUUGCAAACCAAGCUUUAAUUGUUGUUGAGGCCAUGAAAACAGAAAUGGUGGUCAAUGCACCUCGUGACGGUAAAGUUGUUAAGAUUUACCCUAAGAAUGGUGAUAUGGUUGAAGCAGGUGAUUUAGUUGUCGUCAUUGCAUGA